AUGGGCUUCAGGCCCGACAGCCUCCUCUCGACCCUGCCGCCUGGCGCCGUGCACGCUGCUGUUGGCAACAGCAUGGCGGUGUCGUCCGUGGGCAGGGCCCUCUGCCCGUUGAUGCGAGUCAUGGGGAUGUACGAGUGGGCGGAGUGGCAGCUUCCCAAAAGGGUCAGUGCGGGCGCCAGCCCAGCAGCCGAGCAGCCACCAGCUCAGCAGCCGCGAGCAGAGCAGCCGAGCAGCCACCAGCUCAGCAGCCACCAGUUUACCAGCCGAGCAGCCACCAGCUCACCAGCCGAGCAGCCACCAGCCAAGCAGCCACCAGCCGAGCAGCCACCAGCAGGGCGCCACCAGCCAGCAGCCACCAGCCGAGCAGCCGCCAGCUCUGCCUCAGCAGCCGUGCAGCCACCAGACAUCAGCGACGCAGCCUCCGACGUGUCCGAGGCGCCGCUCGACGAGAACCAGUUGCCGCCCGACAUGGCUGUCAGCUUCUACAGGCGCCAAGAUGCCUGGAGCUGGAGUGGCAAGGUGCAGGGCCCGCACCUCUCCGUCAGCGUGACGGUCCCGGCGGCGGCGGCUGGGGUGACGGUGAACGUUUUCAACAGCGGCGGCGCAGCGCCUCCGCCGCCGCCUGGCAAGCGGCAGAUGGCGCUCUCCGAGUUCGAUGGUUGGGCGCUGAAGAAGUCGCG